AUGCCGCCUGUACAGGUAUACACUGCCAGCCCCAUCACUGCUCCCGCCAAGGCAUCGGGGGUCACUCCACAGACAGGGCUUCCGGAAGACAACGAGCAAGAUGCGAGGCCACAGCCUACAACAACGUCGCCACAGACCUCAACUGGGUAUCCACCUGCGCAGCCAGGCGCCAGACCAUCGCUGCCCGUUCAGACAGGAGUUCCCCAGCUGUCCGACAGGUAUAUGCCAACAUCAACAGCUCAAGUCGACGCAAGUCCUCCGCCUCCCCAGCCCGGUGCUAUGCCUACGCCGCCAGGGAAAAGCAGCCUGCCGCCUCCACCCAAAGCCGGAGAGACGCUACAGCAGUCGCAGCCGCAAACUAUGCCCAUGCCGCCUCAAAUGUCUUACCCGCCUCCCACAACGACAUAUACCGCCCACGGAGGCACAUCCUCUUCGACUUCCGCAGCGUAUUCGCCAAAUGUACCGCAGCCAACAUUUCUGCAAGGCACGGAAGCCACUGAGCCCGACUUUUCGCAUCCUCCAGGCUACCAGCAGAAUACCAAUGCCGCUGAUUUCACACGCGACCAGCGGGAGGCUUACAAUGCCUCGGUGAAUCAAGACUAUCAUCAGGCCAACGACGAGGAGAGCAUCUGGAAUACAGCAAAGAAGUGGGCUGCAGCUGCGGGAGACAGCAUCGCGGCGGCAGAGAAUGAGGUCUGGAAAAGGAUCAACAAGGACUAG